GCACUCCCAAAAAACAACCUGCUGGUAUCUGACUCCAUCCUCACAAUUGCGCACCGCACAGCUCCAAUGUGCAUCGUCUUAGUUGACAUGGUCCUGGCCACAAAGAUGUCAACUGUUUUUUCAGGACUUUCGGGUAUCAGAGAAGACACGCUGCUGAUGACUUUCCGAUUAUGUUCCGCUUGGCUCCUCCCAAUGGUGACCACGAUUCUCCUGCAGGAACACUGCUUUGCUGGCUGGAAGCACUGGUGGCAGCCCUGCUCACCAGAAGAUGUUGCUAACCAGAGAUACAACUGGAUCAUACACGCCGACCUACCCAUCUUGAACACCACCCGUGAUAUGUGCCAGAUGGAUAUUCGAAACUUCCUGGACGGAGGCUGCACAAGGUCAGUCAUCGAAGGCCUUGGGCCCUUGGUGCUAAAGAAGCUGCUGCUCCGAAUUUUCUUGCAGCCUUUGAUUACGUUCCUCGUGUGGAAGGCUUCGAAGUUGGAGGAGGAACCAGUCAGUUCGCAUGAAUUGGGCCGGCACCUUCUGUUCUUGAAUGUCGUCAAGACAAGCCGAUCGCUGAUACCCUUGCGGCAACGUACCUAUCUUACGACACUUGUGGAGGUGGCCAUCGUUUGGGGCCCUCUGUUGCCUUUGGUGAGUUUCGGUAUCGUGGCCACCAUCAUGGUCAACCUGCUGCUUUUUCACAAGGGGCUCAGCUUUGGUGUGCAACUGCCCACAAAUGCUGACAACCAGGGCGUUAGCCUCUCGCAGCCCUACCUUCGUGUUGCUCUCUCCGCCAGCUGGGCUUUCCAG